AUGCCAGUUCAUGCUCCAAAUGCUCCUCUAACACUUACUACCAAUGUACCGUUUGCUGGAAGUGCUGUAUGUAGGCAAGCUCGUCGUCUGUAUGUUGGAAACAUACCGUUCACAGCGACAGAAGAUAAUAUGAUGGAAUUCUUUAACAAGCAAAUGAGAGCUCAAGGUCUUAUUCAGGCUGAGGGAAACCCCAUAAUUGCCGUGCAAAUUAACAUGGAGAAGAAUUUUGCAUUUCUCGAAUUUCGUUCUGUUGACGAGACUACUCAGGGUUUGGCACUCGAUGGGGUUCUAUUCCAAAAUCAAGCACUCAAGCUUCGCCGACCUCGCGACUACGCACCGUUGCCCGGUGUUUCUGAACAACCUUCAGUCAUUGUUCCAGGAGUAGUAAGCACGGUCGUUCAGGAUUCGCCACAUAAGAUCUUCGUUGGUGGUCUGCCUAAUUAUCUAAAUGAAGAUCAAGUUAAAGAGCUGCUUCUGAGCUUUGGUCCGUUGAAAGGAUUUAAUCUUGUUAAAGAUGGUUCAACCGGUUUGUCGAAAGGUUACGCUUUUUGUGAGUAUGUGGACGGUAAUGUUACAGAUCAUGCAUGCGCCGGUCUAAAUGGUAUGCAGUUGGGCGAUAAGAAACUUAUUGUCCAAAGAGCUAGCGUCGGAGCAAAGCACACAACGGGUGUCUUGCCCCAUAGUUUACUGCAACUACCUGGCUUGGAAGAUGGCGCAGUCCAAAACACAACCGGCUCGGGCAACCUGACAAUCCGUAGUGGUGGACCACCGACGGAGGUUUUGUGCCUGAUGAAUAUGAUCGAGACAUCAGAGUUGGAAGAUGAUGAAGAGUAUGAAGAUAUAGUUGAGGAUGUCCGCGCAGAAUGUAGCAAGUAUGGAGUCGUGCGGAGUUUAGAAAUACCAAGGCCGAUUCCUGGAAUUGAGGUCCCUGGUGUUGGAAAAAUAUAUAUCGAAUUCGCAAGCCUAAUCGACUGCCAGAAAGUCACAACCGCUCUAACAGGUCGAAAGUUUAACCAGCGUCUGGUAAUCAACUCAUUCUUUAGUCCCAAUAGUUAUCAACGUAGAGAAUUCUAA